AUGUUGAAUGGAAACGUAAAACGUAAGCAAUCAACAACUUUGCCAGCAAUUGAAACACUCCAAAGAAACGUUCGCAAAGUUCCUACACACUAUUUCAGAAAGCCCCGCGAUAUAGGUUUCCAUUUACCUCAUAAAAAACUACUGGAUAAAAUUGAAUAUGUUAAAAGAGAACCAGAGCCACUGACAGGAUUUACAGCAGCUCAGGAAGAAAGAUACAAAAACGAAAAAAAAACUGCAAGGUUGCAACUUGAACCGAUCAAGUUGGAAGAUAGCCUCGGCAAUGUUAAAGAUAAAAAGAAAAAAAUUAAGAUUCGUGAAUCUAGGAGCAGUAAUAUCCAAGUAUUGAACAAGGAUCCGUUGAAAGUAAAACCAACCGUUGCCUCACAGAAAGAAGUAAUCGACCACGUGAGAAAUAAUCCCUCAUGUGGUUUUCUCUAUAUGGUCUAUGCAGUACAUCCACAAAACGUUUACUUUACACCGUACUAUUUAAAAGUCGUACCUUACGAAAAUAUAGAUAAGAAGAAUUAUUUGACAAUUAGUCCAUGUGGAGUUACACAUUAUACGAAUGAAAUGGUAUUCACCAAACUUCCAGAUUGGGAACAAGAGUAUACUAUAUUUGUACAGCUAACUGACAUAAAAUUUUUUAGAGUUUACCGUUAUUGGAAGGCAUUUUACGUUUGGAGGAAGUCAAUACUUUUUAGAAAAUACAGCAAAACGCGUUCUAAAUUAGCAAAGAAACUAUUCAUUCUGACUCCAGUACUGGGUAAAGGCCUUCUUAGUAUUCAAGCAAUGUGCUGCGAAAUGUAUAUGAAGAGUUUUGCAGAUUUAUCAAAGGAUAUGGAUAUCGCAUUCUUCUAUUUCAUUGAAAUACAGAUGAAACGGAUCGAAUACAUUAGAGAAAAACUCGUCGAAUUCCGUGCUGUAGUACUAGAGAUUAUAAUACAGGCCUGCCACACUGCUUUGUACCAACAAGGCUUUGUAUACGAUGACCGAAAUAUACCCCCAUUCCAAAUAAUCAGAGGGAAACCUACGGGAGGCAUGUCAUAUACAGAAAAAGCGAACAAGAGAAAAUAUUGCGAGAGACUAGCCUGCUUUAUAAAACUGACAGACUAUAUGACUAACUAUAUGUUAUAUCGUCUAACAAAGAGAUCAAACGGUAUGAUGGCGGGUAUGUUACGUACUCAUGUCCAAUUCACGCCUGAUACAAAUCUUUUGGAAGGAACUGAAGUUGAUGAAGUUCUUGAAGUUUUACCAAGACCUACUGAGAUAUGCAAGUGGGCCUUAUUUCAAGUAGAUGCUUACGUUCAACCAAAUGGUACGGUGGAAUUAAAUCCCAGUGAAAAAGUAAUAUCAAGUUAUAUGGAAACAAUAACAAACUAUUGGGAUGAAUAUGUGAGAACAUUUCGUAAUUUCCUCAACGAAGACUCGUUGCAGAUUUUCGUUCAGCCCACAAUAAUGAGUAAACAAGUAGAAUGGUCAGCUGGAGUGUCGCCCAAUUUGUACUUCUUGAUGAAUCAAGACAAGGACAUGUUGACAGAUAUUACCUUUAUACCGCUCUCUAUAAAAAGCGCGUAUGAGACAGUAUGGAUUUUCCUACAGCGCAUGCAGGGCUUUAUGGAUGACUUUAAAGAGGCACACGAGAUGGAUAUCAAUGUAAUAAAAGAAGAGAGAGAUGUCAAUGAGUUUCGAAAGUUAUGUGACAGGUUGAAUAAACAAAUGGAGUCCAUUGAAGAUGUAGUUAGCUACCAACCGUUGGGACUAUUGUUUUUGUGUUUAUGUCCAUUCCAGGAGUUGUUUAGACCUCAGCCUAAAAGAUUAUUUGAAGUGGUCGCUGUUGUAACACCAGACAUCGGCCACGAUUGCAUUGAGGAAAUCCUGAAUGGUAUAGAUAAUAUAACAGAAGAUAUAACUAAAGAACCGGAGAGUGCUGGUGAAUUGGUUGCUUUCAAUUUCAUGCUGGACGGAUUGGAAUCGCGCGCGUGUUUCCUCGAGGAACGUCUAGAAUACCUUCGAGAACUUUAUGAUUUGAUGGGCGAGUUCAACAUCGUGAUACCACCAGAUGAUAUGACUGAAUAUUUAGGCUUAAGUGUAGCUUUGGGAUCUCUUAGAACUAAUGUAGACGGUCGCCUAGAGACGCGCAGUAAGCUAGCCGGUAUGUUCUCCAGCCAGGUCGGCAAAGACAUCAUGCAGCUGAUGCUUGACGUUAAUAAGCUUCGAGAUGAAGUUGUGGCGACAUGGUUAUAUGAUGAGAAAUCAGAUAUGGAAAAAGUUACGGAAACGCUGGACGAUCUGUUAGAAAGACUCAUGGUUUGCUUCGCCCGUGAUAAGCAAAUACGUGAAUGGCAGAAGAUAUUUAAGAUGCCGCCAGCACGAUUGGAACAAUUGGAUGAAGCUAUAAAUGAUGUUAAACUAAGACAACUACUAUGGAAAUCUUCGAAAGAGUGGAACGACAUGUUUCAGUCAUGGUUUGAAGUACCUUUUAAUUCUUUGGACGUGGAUGAAAUUCAAACUACUACUAUUAACUAUGGCAAAAUAUUUAAUCAGCUCGAUAAAGGUCUGCCACCAAAUAAGAUUGUCCCUAAAUGUAAAGAAACUAUUGAUAUAAUUAAAGGAAAGUUACCAGUAAUGUCAUACUUGCGUACUCCAUCUUUAAAACCACGACACUGGGUGAAGAUCGAAGAGAUCUUGCAUACACGGAUUACUCCCGAUAUGGUUCUCACAUUACAAAGCUUCGACGAAUUACACGCUUUUCAGCAUGCUGAUGAGUUAAUGGAAGUGGCUGGGCAAGCCAGUUCUGAAGCUGGCCUCGAAGCCUUACUUAAGAAGGUUGAAGAAAUCUGGACAUCUUUAGAAUUCCCGGUAUUACUGCACAAAGAUGCACGUGACGUGUAUGUACUCGGGGGUCUCGAUGAGAUUCAGGCUGGUUUGGACGAAAGCAACAUCCACAUUAGUACUAUCCUAAGUUCCAGGAAUAGUGGUCCUAUUAAAAGUAGAGUAGAGGAAUGGGCGAAAAAUUUAGACCUAUUUGCUAAGACGCUGGAAGAGUGGUAUGCAUGCCAGCAAACUUGGAUCUAUUUAGAAGUUAUAUUCUCGGCUCCCGAUAUUCAAAGACAGUUGCCAAAUGAAACGAGACUGUUUACCAUUGUGGACAAGUCCUGGAAAGAUAUUAUGCGUAAAUUAGCUAAGGUUCCAUUGGCAAUGCCAGCCGCGACUCAGCCGAAAUUAUACGAAGAGUUUGUUCGCAAUAAUGAAAUGUUGGAUCAGAUCAUGAAAUGCUUAGAGGCAUAUUUAGAAACCAAACGCGUGGCUUUUCCAAGAUUCUUCUUCUUAUCGAACGAUGAGUUACUUGAAAUUUUAGCUCAGACCCGUAAUCCUCAUGCAGUACAACCUCACUUACGUAAGUGUUUUGACGCCAUUGCAAAAUUGGAGUUUGGAGUAAAGUUACCUGAAAGCGAAAUGGAAAUAACUGAAGACGGCACACUAGUAGAAAAAGAGAUUUCGUUCCAGACAAGGGAUAUGCUACAGGCAAAACUAGCUAAGACUGCAAAACCUGAGGACCUUACCACUGAUAUUAUUGCAAUGUUGUCACCUGAAGGGGAACGGGUUAACUUAGGCAAGGGUCUAAAAGCGCGUGGAAAUGUGGAAGAUUGGUUGGGGAAAGUAGAGGAAGCGAUGUUCGCUUCCGUUAAGAGAUGCAUUAAAUUUGCAUUGAAGGACUACAUGGGCAGACCUCGUGUAGAGUGGGUAGAGCUGCAUCCUAAUCAGGUGGUUUUAACAGUAUCACAAAUAAUGUGGGCUAAAGGCGUUCAUGAAUUAUUCGAUUUGGAUAUACCUCUACGCAUAGACACAGCCUUGUUGCAGUACGAAAAGAAAUGCAUAGCAGAUUUGAAUGAUUUAGCGGCGCUGACUCGCAAGGACCUUAGCUCCCUGUUCAGGAAAGUUCUAUGCGCUCUGAUCACCGUAGACGUCCACGCGAGGGAUACAAUAUCGCAUAUGGUGGAAAAACACGUACAACGAUCGAACGAUUUCGAAUGGCUUAAAAUGAUACGUUAUUAUUGGGAGGAAGACAUAGAUAAUUGCGUGGCACGCAUGUCCAGCGCCAUGUAUAUUUACGGACAUGAAUAUUUGGGAGCCGGAGGUGUACUAGUGAUAACACCGUUAACUGAUCGCUGUUACUUGUGCCUGAUGGGUGCAUUACAACUGGACCUUGGCGGAGCCCCUGCAGGGCCCGCAGGCACCGGCAAGACUGAAACCACUAAGGACUUAGCCAAGUCUCUAGCUAUACAAUGCGUCGUUUUCAACUGCUCUGAAGGUUUGGACUAUAAAAUGAUGGGCCGCUUUUUCUCUGGCCUUGCGACAUCCGGUGCGUGGUGCUGCUUCGACGAGUUCAAUCGCAUCGACAUCGAGGUGCUUUCAGUUAUUGCUCAGCAACUCAUCACCAUUAGGAACGCGAAAGUCGCUAAGCAGACGAGGUUCAUGUUUGAGGGGCGUGAAAUCAAACUAGUGCGUACGUGUGCAGCCUUUAUUACUAUGAAUCCAGGAUAUGCUGGGCGGACAGAGUUGCCUGAUAACUUGAAGGCACUGUUCCGACCUAUAUCUAUGAUGGUACCUGAUUACGCAUUAAUAGCGGAAGUGAUCCUGUACUCGGAAGGAUUCGAGUCAUCAAAAGGUCUCGCUAAAAAGAUGGUCCAAAUGUACAAACUCUCCAGUGAACAGCUCUCCAAACAGGAUCACUACGAUUUUGGCAUGAGGGCCGUCAAAAGUGUGCUGGUAAUGGCCGGUGCCCUGAAACGUGCUAGCCCAGACCAGCCCGAAGAGAUGACGCUUCUUUGCGCAUUAAAUGAUAGUAACCUACCAAAGUUUCUAGCGGCUGACGCUAUCCUAUUCGCUGGCAUACUUUCGGAUCUUUUCCCUGGAGUGAACCUCCCGGUGCGCGAUUAUGGUGUUAUGGAAGAGACGAUUAAACAAAAGUUCGUGGAGAGUAAGAAACAAAUCGAGGUUUGUCAAAUCCGAAAGGUGAUACAACUGCAUGAGACAAUGAUAGUACGGUGGGGUGUCAUGUUGGUGGGGCCCACUGGUGGAGGGAAGACUGUAGUUUUACACAUAUUAGCGGAUACGUACACUCAACUCUGUGAGAACGGGGUGCAGGGACCGCAGUACCAGCUAGUCCACAAAUAUAUCAUGAACCCGAAGAGUUUGACCAUUGGUGAACUGUACGGUGAGGUGAACUUACAAACUCUUGAAUGGCACGAUGGCAUAUUGCCACUGUCUCUAAGGACAGCAGUACAGUGUGAAAAACCAGAUCAUCAGUGGUUAAUCUGCGAUGGUCCAGUUGAUGCUGUUUGGAUAGAAAACAUGAACACAGUGCUCGAUGACAACAAGAUGCUCUGUCUCUCCAACUCCGAACGAAUCAAACUCACACCAUACAUUCAUAUGGUUUUUGAGGUGGCAGAUUUAGCGCAAGCUUCCCCAGCGACAGUUUCCCGCUGUGGUAUGGUCUAUAUAGAUCCUAAUGAACUGGGUUAUCUACCAUAUGUACGGUCCUGGUUAGAGGAAUCUAUAGAAAAGAACCUAUUUAACCAAGAGAAUGCUGAUUUCCUCUAUGAAUUAUUUCAAAUGGUUGACGUUGGAGUGUCUUUCGUUAAAACUAAGUGCAGCGUUGGUAUACAACAGGUGGAGAUAAGUAAAGUGUCAGCGUUAUGUUACUUGAUGGGAGCUUUACUCGGCGAGCCUGGCGAACGGUUUCCUGAUAAAGCCGCUAUUAAACUCUACAUUGCUCACUGCUUCAUAUUUUGCUACGUAUGGUGCAUUGGCGGCAACAUAUUAGAGAUGAACAGGAAAGCUUUCGAAGAAAUUAUUAAAAGGCAGUUCGAGGCAUAUGAGGAGGCUGAAUAUUUUCCACAAGGUUUCAAUUUCUUUGAUAUGUACAUGGAUACAAAACAAAGAAAACUAAAAGUAUGGGCGGAAAUUAUACCGGAGUUUGUAUAUGAUUGCAAUAGGCCCUUUUUUGAAACACUUGUACCUACCAUCGAUACAGUACGCUAUGGAUAUUUGUUUGAAAAGCUGUUGGGUUCCGGAAAACCUGUAAUGUUUACGGGGAGCACGGGCGUGGGCAAAACUUGCAUCGCAGCUGAAAUACUGAACCGAAUGUCAGCAACUGGGUACUACAUACCGAUCAUAUUGAAUUUUUCAGCACAAACCAGUAGCACCCGAACACAGGAAGUUAUAGAACUCCGAUUAGAUAAAAGGCCACGGAAAGCUAUUGGCGCUCCACUUGGAAAGAAAGUGAUCAUAUUUAUAGACGACGUGAAUAUGCCACGACUUGAUGUAUACGGAGCGCAGCCAACUAUAGAGCUGCUAAGACAAUUUUUGGAUUUCGGUGGUUUCUACGAUCGUGAUAAGCUGUACUGGAAGGAAAUCUUAGAUGUGGUACUGUCGUGUGCCUGUGCACCACCCGGCGGUGGUCGUAAUCCGCUGACUGCACGAUUCGUAAGACACUUCGCAAUGUUUUAUAUUUCGGCGCCUAAUGCUGAUGCUAUGAAGACUAUAUUCAAGGCAAUUCUGAAAGGGCACAUGGAGGACUUUGUACCCGAAGUGUCGGUCCUCGGUGAACCAAUAGUGAAUGCGGCAGUUGAAGUAUACUUGAAGAUAUGUGCUGAACUCCUGCCCACGCCGGCCAAGUCCCACUACGUAUUCAAUUUGCGAGAUCUGUCCAAGUCUAUGCAGGGAGUGUUACAGGCCAACGCGGCCUACAUGCGUGCACCACAGGGCAUGUUGAGGUUGUUCUACCACGAGUGUCUGCGGGUUUUCCACGACCGUCUGAUUAAUAUACAAGACAAGAGCUAUUUCUACCACCUUAUGAGUACCAUUUGUCAGAAGAACUUCCAGCAACCCAUUCUCGAUGUACCAGAUGAUCCCAUUAUAGAGCAUCCGCCGCUUCUUCUUUUUGGAGACUUCCUGAAUUCAGCAGUACCAAAAGAAAAUAGAAUAUAUCAAGAGAUACCAGAUAUGCAGAAACUUAUGAUAGUUUUGAAGGAAUAUCUGGAGGAGUAUAACUCGACUGCGCGUGCGGAAAUGCACCUAGUGCUGUUCCAGGAUGCAGUAGAGCAUGUUGUGAGAGUGGCAAGGGUGUUAAGAGCUGAGAGGGGACACUGCUUGAUGGUGGGCCCUGGAGGUUCCGGCCGCAGGAGUGUUGCCACUCUCGCCGGACAUGUCAAUGAGUGCAAAUGUAUGGGAAUGGAAUUGAAGCGCAAUUACGAUACACCAGAAUUUCACGACGAUUUAAGAAAGAUGUACAUGCGCGCCGGAUUCAACUACGAGGACACUGUAUUUCUGUUUACCGACACACAGAUUACCAAAGAGGAGUUUCUUGAAGAUAUCAACAACAUGCUUAAUUCGGGUGAAGUCCCGAAUCUCUUCGAGGGCGAUACAUAUGAGCAAGUACAGACCGGUUGCCGCUCUGACGCUGGCAAUUGUGGCGUAAAUCCAGCAGAUCGCGAUGCAGUUUACUAUUUUUUUAUCAAUCGAGUCCGCUCCAAAUUGCACCUUUGUAUAUGUAUGAGUCCUGUCGGCGAAGCUUUCAGGCGCCGCUGUCGAAUGUUCCCGUCUUUGGUCAACUGCUGUACAAUCGAUUGGUUUACAAAAUGGCCAGCGGAGGCUUUGUUAUCAGUAGCGCAACAGUCCCUGCAACCGCUGGGAAACCGAGAUAUUAUUGAGAAGAUAUCACCGCUGUGUGUGACUAUGCAUGAAGAUGUUGAUGGUAUGACGGAUCGACUGUACCAAGAAAUGAAACGCUACUUCUACACAACACCCAGUAGUUACUUGGAUCUCUUAAAACUAUAUCUAUCUCUACUUGACAAAAAACAACAACAAAUCAUACGAGGGCGAGACAGAAUAUCAUGCGGAUUGCAGAAACUUUACGAAACAUACGACGUGGUUGGCGUGAUGGAACAGCAAGUGCGCGAUAUGGAGCCCAUACUGGCUAAGAAGGCAGACGAGGGCAUCGCUCUAGUUAACAAACUUAAGAUUGAACAAAAGGCGGCAGAUGAAGUUAAACAGGCUGUAAUGAAAGAUGAAGCUGAAGCAAAGGUGAAAGCUGAAGAAGUAAAAGCAAUCGCAGACGAGGCCAAAGCUGAUCUUGCACUAGCCAUGCCAGCGAUGGAUGCGGCUCAGAAUGCACUUAAGGCACUCAACAAAGCGGAUAUAAACGAAUUAAAGGCUUUUCAGAAACCCCCUGCACUUGUUCGUUUUGUAAUGGAGCCCGUUUGCAUUCUCCUUGGCGCGAAACCAGACUGGGAUUCCACUAAAAAACUUCUAGCAGACGUGAAUUUCAUCCGUAAUCUAGAAGAGUACGACAAAGAUCAUAUACCUGAUGCUACACUUAAGAAGAUCAAAGUUUAUCUCACACACAAAGAUUUUAACCCAGAAACUGUAGUUAAAGUAUCAAAGGUGUGUCGCUCUAUGGUACUCUGGGUUCAAGCAAUUGAUAUGUAUGCGAAGGUGUUCCGAGUAGUCGAACCCAAGAUAUUAGCGCAUAAAGAAGCAGCCGCUGUAUUGAAGAGUGUGAUGGCAGUAUUAAGGGCCAAACAAAAGGAAGUAGAAGCUAUCGAAGCGCAACUUGCCAAAAUGUUGGAUGAAUUAAGGGUCGUGGAAGAUGAACGCAUAAAACUCCAAGCGGAUGUAGACCUGGCCGCCGCGAGAUUGUCUCGUGCCGGCAAACUUACACAGGCGUUGGCCGACGAGAAAACGCGAUGGGAGCUUAGUGUUAAGACUGCGACGCAUCAACUGUAUUGCACGACGGGCGAUGUAAUCAUCGCAUCAGGGUGCAUUGCAUACUUCGGCGCUUUCCCUUCCCAUUACAGACGUGAGCUGGAAGAGAAAUGGAUAAAACAGUGCAGAGAACUGGAAAUACCGUCGUCUGAUACAUUCGAUUUAAUAUCAAUAAUGGCGGAUUCCUAUACUGUGCGGACAUGGAAUUCACAAGGUUUGCCGCGCGAUGCCGUCUCUACAGAGAAUGGGAUAUUAGUGACACGUGCGGGAAGAUGGCCACUUACCAUAGAUCCACAGGAGCAAGCAAAUAGAUGGAUAAAAAAUAUGGAGCGCGACAAUGGCCUACAGAUAACAAAAUUAAGUGAUUCGUCGUACUUGCGUGUACUAGAAAAUUGCAUCCGACUCGGAUGGCCCAUGCUCAUAGAGGACUUGGGCGAAACUCUCGAGGCUACGCUGUCGCCUGUGCUACUCAAACAAACUUUCCUACAGGCGGGUCGGUUGCUAAUCCACUUGGGCGACAGUGACAUCGAAUAUGAUACGAAUUUCCGCCUAUACUUAACAACUAAGCUCGCAAAUCCUCACUACCUGCCCGAGAUCUGCAUCCAAGUCACACUUGUUAAUUUCACUGUCACGCAGUCCGGUCUCGAAGAUCAACUAUUAGCCGAUGUGGUGAGACUGGAAAGACCCGAUUUGGAAUUGUUGCGUACAGAGUUGAUUGUACGCAUCAAUACUGACAAGGCGACGCUGCUAGAAAUAGAGGAUAAAAUCUUACGCCUACUAUAUGCCUCCUCCGGAAAUAUACUUGACGAUGAAGAGCUUAUUGAAACACUUAAUGAGAGUAAAGAAACUUCAGAAAUAAUUAACGCCCGACUAGAAGAGACUGAAGCGACAGAGAUCAAUAUAUCGGCAGCCCGGGAAAAAUAUCGUACAGUAGCCACCCGGGGCGCUGUACUUUAUUUUGCAGUGGCACAGUUGGCGGACAUAGAUCCUAUGUACCAGUUUUCAUUAAAAUAUUUCAACCAGGUAUUUAAUUUGGUGAUUGAGAAAAGUGAAAAGUGCAACGUUCUUGAGACAAGACUAGAGAUCCUUCUCCGCGAGAUAACGCUUUCAGUGUACAGAAAUGUCUCGCGAGGUCUGUUCGAACGACACAAACUUGUAUUCAGCUUCCUGCUGAAUAUGGCCGUGUACCUUAAUAUCGGAUUGGUCGAAUAUGACCAAUGGAAUUUUAUACUGCGUGGGCCAGCUGGAACUAAAGUAGUGCCACCUAAAAAGCCGCCGAUAGAAACCCUAACAGAUCAAAUGUGGUUGGCUGCCAAUCAUUUAAAUGAAAUGGAUCUACACUUCGCGGGACUAGUUGACGACUGUAUCAAGAAAAUACCAAUUACACUGGGCUCAUUCAGUGUGGAUAUUCAUGUGAAUAAACAAGAGAACGCACAGCCAAAAGUAGACUGGAAUGAACGACUGACAAGUUUCGAGAAGCUCAUGAUCAUAAAGUGUUUGAGAGAAGAAAAAUUGGUGUUCGCAAUAGCACAAUAUGUGAGCACCAGUCUAGGUUCAGUGUUCAUAGAGAGUCCUACAGUACAACUCAAUACGCUAUAUGCCGACACUUCAUCGACUAUUCCCCUAGUUUUUGUGCUGAGCACUGGCUCUGACCCAUUUGGUGCAUUUCAAAAAUUUGCGACUGAGAUGGGUAUGCGUGAUCGCGUUAGAUCUAUCUCGUUAGGACAAGGGCAGGGUCCAGUAGCUGAAAAAAUGAUCAAUUCUGGUAAACCGAGGGGUGAUUGGAUUUUCCUGCAGAAUUGCCACUUAGCUGCAUCUUGGAUGUUGAACCUAGAGCUCAUAGUUGCAAAUCUUAGCAGUGAACUAAGUGUGACUCAUCCAGAGUUUCGUCUCUACCUGAGUUCCAUGCCUACUGCAAAAUUCCCGGUGUCAGUAUUACAAAACUCAGUGAAAGUUACCAAUGAGCCGCCGAAAGGUCUGAAAGCAAACGUCAAACGAGCUCUUAUAGAGAUGGACGAAGACUUUUUUGAAAACCACGUGUUAGAACAAGAUUGGCGUACGAUGCUAUUUGGAAUUUGUAUGUUCCAUGCAAUAAUACAGGAACGAAAAAAAUUUGGACCGUUGGGUUGGAAUAUUACGUAUGAAUUCAACAACAGCGAUCGUGAAUGCGCUAUGUUGAAUUUACAAAUGUUUUGUGAAGAUGGUCAUAUUCCUUGGGAUGCAUUGGAAUAUAUUACAAGUUCGAUCACGUAUGGAGGACGAGUAACCGACAUGUGGGACCAACGGUGUUUGACCACAAUCUUGAAAUUAUUUUUCUCACCGCCCAUCUUAGAAGAAGGGUAUGCUUAUUCACGUUCUGGCAUUUACUAUUGUCCCAGAGCUGAAAAGUUAGAAAAGUACCGUGAAUAUAUUGAAACAUUACCAGUUAUAGAAAGCCCAGAGGUGUUUGGUAUGCACGAGAAUGCCAACAUCGCAUUUGAGAAUAAAGAGACAAAUACAUUGGUUCAAACUAUAGUGGAUGUACAACCGCGAUCGAGUGGUGGCGGCACCGGUGAAACACCAGAUCAAAUCGUAUGGCGUAUCUGUGACCAGACUCGCACGAGUAUCGCCCCUAAGAUUGACAAGUCGCUCAUCAACCCCGACCUUAUUAAACCUGACGAUAUGGGACAGUUGGAUUCACUGACAACUGUGCUCAUACACGAAACUGACAGAUAUAACACGCUUCUUGGUUUAAUACAUUCUUCGCUAAAUGAACUACAGAAAGCCAUAAAGGGCGUGGUUGUUAUGUCGGAAGCUUUUGAAGAAGUAUUCAAUGCCUUUUUAAAUAAUAGAGUUCCCGCGUUGUGGCAUAAGAAAGGUUACAACUCAUUGAAGUCACUUGGCAGUUGGAUUCACGACUUAAUUCUUAGAGUAGAUUUCAUUGAGAAAUGGCUGAUAGAUGGCAAGCAACCUAGUAGCUGGGUAUCGGGGUUAUUCUUUCCACAAGGUCUCCUGACUGGGUCACUGCAGUCAUAUGCGCGUCGAUAUCGUGUGCCCAUUGAUGCACUUAUGUUUGAUUUUGAGCCAAUUAGUUUUUUACUUUCUCAAGAGGAUAUAUACAAGCAGAAUAAGAAAAAAACAAAAGAUGAAGGACCAGCUGUGUACGGGAAAUUGGUACUGCCACAAGACGGUGUAAAUAUUCAUGGUCUAUUUAUUGAUGCCGGCCGUUGGGAUAUGCAGAACAAUUGCCUAGUGGAUGCUCUGCCAGGACAAAUGAAUCCACCUUUGCCCGUGGUGUGGUUCAAACCAGUAUUGGAGUUGCCGAAGCCAGAUCCACGGUAUGACGCUCCGCUAUACAAGACUUCAGAGAGAGCCGGCACGCUUUCUACAACAGGCCACAGUACCAACUUUGUGCUGCCAGUUUUACUACCUGCCAACGAACCCCCACCUUUCUGGAUUAUAAGGGGUACCGCCUUACUCACACAGAUCACUGACUGAAUUUCAUCUUGAUUUUCUAGAUUUCGAGAUAAAUUCUAAAGAUUAAACAGUUGUCCUAGUAUUAUUAUUAUGUUACACAUAUGUAUAUUUAUAUAGUUAUACUACUUGUAAAACGUUUAUGAGACUGUCUAUAUACACAGUUGCAAUUUAUGAUUUCUCAAAUACCUACGUUAAUUAUACAUAACCAAACAGUUUAUCAUUCGAUGACCUCGAUUGACAAUAUCGUCUGAGAUGCAUGUUUAUGAAGAUAGGCACUUUACUAUUUGUGUACUUUGUACGUGGCCUAGAUACCUAAUUAGCAAAGUUAAAAUGUCCUAAAGCUAAAACUUGUAGAUGGAAUGAUGGACGGUUCCUGUAGGCAUACUAUAAUCUACAAAUAACCUGAGUUGAUUAUCAUGACCUGUCGAAAAGCCCAUAGUAUUACUACAUAAUACAUGGCUGGGCAAGCUGGACUAUUAGAAGCCAUUGCUCUUCUCAUAUUGCUGCAUCAUAAUACACUAAGGCUAAAAUUAUUUACUAAUGU